CUGACUCUUAUAGAGACCUCAGGGACCCGCAGAGAUGUCAGCAAGAGUGGAUUGAGCCUCAUUCCACAUCCUCCCAGAGGGAUGCGGAAAAGAGACUGACGGGAUACCCGGCCUUCCACAGAGAAACAGCUCCUCUUGGCUACCCCAAGAUGACCCCAAGUGCCAGAAAGAUGGGGCCACGCUUGCUGAUCUGGGGCGUGAUCGCUUUCAUCAUGGUACCUGGCGGAGAGACAGCAGAGCUUUGUGAAAAUGACCCCCCGGAGAUCACACACGCCACCUUCAAAGCCUUGGCCUACAAGAAGAGAACCACAUUGAACUGUGAAUGCAAGAGAGGUUACCGCAGAAUAAAAAGUGGAUCCCCCUACAUGCGCUGUGCAGGAAACUCCAGCCACUCUUUCUGGGACAGCAAGUGCCAGUGCGUGAGCUCUGCCCCUCAGAACAGAACAAAAGGAGUCGCACCGCAGCCUGGAGCGCAGAGAGAGAGCCCAGUCUCGGGGAUGCUGAGCCCCACGCAGCCCGUGGACCACGCCAGCCUUCCAGGUCACUGCAGGGAGCCUCCGCGCUGGGAGCACGAAGCUACAAAGAGGAUCUAUCAUUUCGUAGUGGGACAGAUGGUUCACUACCAGUGCGUCCAGGGGUACAGGGCUCUGCAGAGAGGUCCUGCCCAGAGUGUCUGUGAGGUAGCCUGUGGGAAAACCAGGUGGACACGGCCUCGGCUCACAUGCGUGGAUGAAACGGAGCCCAGCCCAUUUCCAGGUGAAGAGGCAUUUCAGACAAGCCGUGAAGACCUUCCUGAGAGGGAGACUUCCUGCCCCCUCACGACAACAGAUUAUCAGGAAUAUACAGAAGCAGCCACAACCAAGGAGACGUUCCCAUUUACCACAGAGUACCAGGUGGCAGUGGCUGGCUGUGUCUUCCUUCUGUUCACCAUCCUCUUACUGAGUGGGUUCACCUGGCAGCGGAGACGGAGGAAGAGUAGAAGGACAAUCUAGAAAAACAAGAAAACAAGAACUUUUGGCAUCAUGGCUGGGCGCAGUGGUUCACGCCUGUAAUCCCA